AUGCUACGAUCGUUGCGUUUGACUUUGUACACCGAGGAUUAUGUUACGUUUUUUCUUGGCAAAGAUGCACUGUAUUCGGUUAGUGUAGAGGUCUGCGACAUCCAAUCGUGGGCACUAAUGUUCCAGGCGCUGACAAUCAGCGUAUCCUAUUCUAGUACCCGCCACAAAUGGGUUCUAAUCAACAUCCUAGGGGCUGCGGGACGUGUCGCAGAAGGAAAAUCCGGUAAUUGGCCAAAGGGCGGAAGUAUUGAUAAGACACGUCGUGCUGACGAGCGUCCGGCCAGUAGGCCUGGUCAUGUUAUCAGCCAGACAAGCGGUUACGCUGAACCAGGCUUUCAAGCCCCGCUAUGUAUGCAAUUGGGGCAAACUGCAGUGGUUUGUGAUGCCUUUUCCGGCGUUUUCUUGGAUCUGCUCUUCCCCAAGAAGACGAAUCAGCAGCAAUAUGUCAAUUCUCCUGAUGGUUGGAUAAGCUCCUUGGCUACGUUGCUUAAUGGUCGCAAUGAAACUCUGAAUCAAGGACUGCUUACGUUGUAUACGGGAUUCGUUAGCCGAAAAAAUGGUGACGCUGCACUCAUCAACCGCUCAGCAGAGCUUUACUCGAAUGGACUCCACGCUCUGCGGGGAAGCGAUAUAAUAUGGGUCAGACAAAAGCCAUCUCCCAUGGAUAUCGGAUCCACCCUAGCGAGUAUCAUAAUUUUCUCGCGUGUUGAGCUUCUAGCCGGUGAAGGGGCGAAUGGGGGUUACAUGGCCCAUAUCAAGGGUGCCAAGAAGGAAGAUCCAAAUUAUCUAACGCACAAGGCCAUCGAAGCAGUUAUAGCAUUGCCUACAAUAUGCGAGUAUGCAGAUAGAUUGGACGCUAUUGUCUUUCUAACUGAGAGGAAAGUGCAGCGAGGCCUCCUUGCGACUCGAUAUCUACUCAGCCAUGCAUCCGUAAUGGAGCGCAACCUAGAUCGAUGGCUUCGAGAAAUGGCUGCUGUUACACCAUGUCCUAUUGCAACAGCAGUUCCAGACGGUGAUAUUGCUCAGCCGCAGGUGGUAGGUAUUGCUGCUGCUCAAGCCAACGACCUUUGGAUGCUCCAUUGGUCAUUAGAAAUCCGCUUCAAUUUGCUCAUCAAGCAGUUACAAACCCGAUUUACAAGCUUGUCAGCACUUUUUUCCGAUCCCGUUCAACUACCCGGUAGAUUAACAAGCCUUGGCAAAGAUUACAGCAUUUUAGAUCUUUUUGCCAAUUAUAUCAAAAGAACACUAGCUAGGGGUCUAGGAGAUAAUACACUCCAAGUCCAGGGUGCUAUGGCAUACUUCUUUAAUCUUCAUUGGUAUUGGGAACAAAGAGGCAAUGCCGAACAGAAAAAUUGGUGCUUACAGAGACUUCAAGACAUGACAAACAAUCAGCGCUUAGCGCUUGAUGUUCAAGUAGUAAAGGACCCCCAGAAACGCCCUUCUCUGUCUGCGGCAUUCUUUGCAGAUGAUUUUAUAUAA